AUGGACACUUCCUGGCUCGGCCUACUGUCGUCCGUCCCCGACGAUAACCCCAACUGUAUCGUCACCGACGACAUGUUGUACCUGGACGGCGGCGACCUGGCGCUGCCAAACAACGCCGACGACCUGCUCUCUAUCUUCGACAUGGACGUGCAGCCCGUGGUCGCGUCGUGGACCGCCACGAUCGACACCCCCAUCCCAGCCACCCAACCGAUUCAAUCGGGGACCGAGAUCGAUCUCUCGCCCGACGAGCUCGAGUUCUUCAAGAGUCUCGAUAUGCCUCUGCUUGCCCCGAUCGUCCAAAUUCUGUCGCAAAGAGGUCCCGCCAAGCGCCUGUGCAUGGUCGACAACUGCACCAGACACGCACGGACGAAAGGCAUGUGCUCCCACCACCGCGCGACACAUGCGCCGGCCAACACAUCAAGACGCCUCUCGAUCGGUGGUAGAUGCACCGCGUCUGGAUGUACGAGAGGAGCCAUUGCCGAUGGCGUGUGUAGAAAGCAUGGCGGUGUGUACCGAUCACUGUGA